AUUCGGCGGCUGGACCGCUGCGGUACCGUGUGGACGGUAGUCAGCUGGAGGUCGGCCCGGCCGGCCUGCCUGCGCAAUCGGCCGGGGCGGGCGCCCGGCCCCAGUUUCGGGCGGUGCUCGUGGCGGGUCGCCACGCUCCGCAGUGCUGCGGUCGGGCCACCAAACUGUGCCGCCAGAAUCAGCCGACCGCUGGUAAUUCGGACCACUCCAUCAGGCCGACAUCAUGCUCAACCUCCUUAAAUCCGUGAAGGGUGUGCUGAAACCCAAGGUUGUGUGCAACGACAACAAUGUGUUUCGCCUGCACUACAAAGCGACCACAUCACUUCUGCUCGUGUGCUGCCUUUUGGUCACGUCCAAACAGUAUAUCGGAGACCCAAUCGACUGCAUUGUGGACGGCGUCAAGGGCAAGGUUAUGGACACCUACUGCUGGAUUCACUCGACGUUCACCGUGCCCAGCCGAGCGUUCGGGAAACAAGUUGGCGAACACAUCCCACAUCCAGGCGUGGUAACGCCCGAAGAAGGCGAUGAGCUGAAGUACCACAAGUACUACCAGUGGGUGGCGUUCACGCUCUUCUUUCAGGCGAUGCUCUUCUACGUGCCGCACUACCUGUGGAAGAUGUGGGAGGGCGGUAAGUGUCAGAUGCUUGUGAUGGACAUGCAGUCCCCCGUGACGAAGGAAGAGGCGCGCCGGGACAGGCAAAAACUCAUCACCAACUACUUCUCGCUUAACCUGCAUCAUCACAACUUUUACGCUGUGCGAUUCUUCUGUUGCGAAGUUCUCAACUUCUUGAACGUCAUCGCGCAGAUCUUCUUCACGGACCUGUUUCUGGGCUACGAGUUCACGACGUACGGCUCACGUGUGGUCGAGUUCGCCAACAUGGAUCAGGAGGACCGGCCCGACCCGAUGGCGCUCGUGUUCCCCAAGAUGACCAAGUGCACGUUCCACAAGUACGGAGCCUCCGGCACCGUGCAGCGCAUUGACGGCCUCUGCGUGCUCUCGGUCAACAUCAUUAACGAGAAGAUCUACGUAAUGCUGUGGUUCUGGUUCAUCGUUUUGGCAGUGGUGACGGGUCUGGCGCUGCUGUAUCGACUCGCUCAGAUGCUCUCUCCGCAGCUGAGGCUCCAGCUGCUCAUGAUGCGCGCCAGACUGGCUUCGCACCAUGACGUUGCUAUCGUUGCGCGCAAAUGCCAGAUUGGCGACUGGUUUGUGCUGUGUCAGAUGGGGAAGAACAUGGACCCAAUCGCGUUCAAGGAACUGAUCGGGAAACUGGCGAUGCGUUUUGAGGGCAAGGACACGGAGGCAUAGUGGACAUUGAUGUGAAAAUAACCGAGGAUGGUGUGGUUACCAAGGUGAUCGAUGCCAUACGUGAGCCCUUCGGUGUUAGCGGAGUGGUGUCGGGUGGUGUAUUGGCUGUUUUCGCUCAGCCCACGGCAAUAGCGCUAACAAAGGAUUGGUGUGUGCAAAGGGAGCCUACACAGGCGCUGGUCUAACAUGACUUGGAUUACCA